GUUACCGGCAAGGUGUUCGCCGUGGCCACCCCUCGCGGGGCCGGUGGUCCGCACCGGGUCCCUGUGCCGCGGCCGGGGAUGGCAAGAGCGGAGACACGGCCUCCGCCGCGCACGCUCUGUACCCAAUCCCCUAACUUUUCUGAGCAAGUAGUUGAGUGCUUUCCAUCUGAUAUCUCUACUAGUAUAUACUAUGGAUGCGCCUGUGUUGGAAAUAGAGAUGUGCAUGAAAUGGUUUUGAGCAUAGGAUGGAAUCCUUCCUAUAGGAAUAUUAAGAAAUCAGUGGAAACGCACAUUAUCCACACCUUCAAAGAAGACUUUUAUGGAGAAAUUCUUAGUAUAGUCAUAACUGGAUAUAUUCAACUGGAAAAAAACUUUGAUUCCUUAGAGGCACUCAUUUCAGCUAUUCAGGAAGACACUGAAGAAGCAAAAAGACAGCUAGAUUUACCAGAGCAUCUUAAACUCAAAGAAGACAACUUCUUUCAUCUGCCAGAAGGCAAAAUAGCAAAGAACCACUGA